GUAGUGUGUACAUAAGCUGUAAGUUUAGCUUUCUCUUCUUAAACCUUAAAAAACAUUUUUCACUUUUAGAUUCACAAUUUCCUCGCUGUAAUAAUAAAAAAACCAAAAACCUUAAAAAGCCCGGCAAAAGCAAACAUUGUCUUGUUCUUUCCUAAAUCUCCCUCUUCUCACUUCUUCCUUUCCCUCUUCUUCUUCUUACCCUUCAUUAUUUAUUUAUUUAUUUAUUUAUUUAUUAGUCCCUAAUUACAUCAUUAAGGACAAUAAAUACCCAUCAUUUCUUGCUAAUAACCAAAAACCUUACAUCUUUGUAUUUUCUUGUGUUUUUCUCUAACAAAACAAAAACACCAAAGAACAACAAUGGUGAACCUUUUCUGGGUUUGCAUUGUAAUAGGACUUGUUUUCAUUAACUGGGUUCAUUCUUAUCACAUCAAUGAAACUGAACUCUCUAUUUUAGAAGCUCAUGAAGCUUCUUUUGCUGUCAAUCAGCCUCAUAUGGUUGGAAUCACCAUUAUUCAAUCUGCUGCUGCUAAAGGAGCUGUCUGCUUGGAUGGAACAUUGCCUGCUUAUCAUUUUGAUCGCGGAUAUGGAUCGGGUGCAAACAGCUGGCUUGUUAAUUUAGAGGGAGGUGGAUGGUGUAAUAAUGUUAGAACAUGCGUCUAUCGCAAGACAACACGGCGUGGAUCAUCAAAAUUCAUGGAAAAAUCAUUACCUUUUACGGGAAUAUUAAGCAAUAAUCCUCAAGAGAAUCCAGAUUUUUUUAACUGGAAUAGAGUGAAAAUUCGUUACUGUGAUGGUGCCUCUUUUACCGGGGAUAGCGAAGAUAGGGCUGCGCAACUGCAAUUCCGAGGACAACGCAUUUGGUUGGCUGCAAUUGAGGAUUUGAUGUCAAAAGGAAUGCGCUUUGCCAAGCAGGCUCUUCUUUCUGGAUGCUCAGCUGGUGGUUUGGCUACUAUUUUACACUGCGAUGAAUUUCGAGGUCUAUUCCCGGGGACUACCAAUGUGAAGUGUCUCAGUGAUGCUGGUUUAUUUCUUAAUGCUGUCGAUGUAGCAGGUGGACAUACCCUCAAGAAUUUUUUCAACGGUGUUGUAACGCUACAGGGAGCGCAGAAGAAUCUUCCACGGAGUUGUACUAAUCAUCUUGAUCCCACUUCGUGCUUCUUUCCUGAGAAUUUGAUUGCCAGUAUCAGAACCCCGCUAUUCAUUCUUAAUACUGCCUAUGAUUCAUGGCAGAUUCAGUCAAGCUUAGCUCCUCCAUCGGACGAUCCACACGGCUAUUGGCACGAUUGCAGAUUAAACCAUGCUAAAUGUACCGGUUCACAAAUCCAAUUUCUGCAAGGAUUCAGGAAUCACAUGCUGAAUGUUGUUAGAGGCUUCUCAAGAUCAAAUCAAAAUGGAUUGUUCAUAAAUUCAUGCUUUGCUCACUGCCAAUCUGAGAGGCAAGACACAUGGUUUGCUGACAACUCUCCUGUCAUAGGGAACAAGGCAAUUGCUCUGGCUGUUGGAGACUGGUAUUUUAACCGAGCCGCUGUUAAGGACAUUGAUUGUCCUUACCCUUGUGAUAACACAUGCCACCAUCUAGUUUUCAGAUGAGCCAAAUUUUGUCAGUCUCACUCAUCUCACUCACUUGGUUCUAUUCUCAUAUAUGCAAUCAGGAAAUAUGUUAUUCAGUUAAUGAUCAAAACAAUAAAAAUAAAUUGUUGAUGAAAAGUGAAAAUUCAAUAAGCCUCUUCCAUGAAUUAGAAGUUAGGGAGAGAAAUUUUUAUGUAUAGAUCAAUUAGUUGGGAAUGCUAAGGCAAAUCCUUUUUGAUUUUUACAAUGCUUGGGAGAGGUAAUAGAUUACCAGAAUUUAGACAUUGUAAUUUAAAAGUGAACAUUGACAGUGAUUGAACUGAGAUUAUCUUAAUCUUA